GCGGUGGCAGAUGUGGGUAGAGAGAAUGCAGCUGUCAGCCUGCUUAGGCGUAUCAUUUCUAUCACGGAGUAUAUUUUGUUGACACGUAGUUGAAGAUUGUUUUCAUUUUAGCGAGAUUUUGAUACAUAUAUGUGACUGAGCAUUGAUUUUGUGCAUUAUUUUAAAACAUUUACAAACUUUGGAAGACCAAAAUGACACCAAAAUUGAAGUUAUCAGACUUUGUGCUAAAGCGCAUCGCCAAGGUGACGGCCCAAUGCAGUGGUGAACUGUUCGGCAUCAUGACCCAGGGAACGCUCACCGUCCUGGGGUUCAUACUGGAAAGCAAGGAAGAAUCGACCACCAUGAACUACCGGAAAGCCCAGAACAACUUUCCCACCGAGGUGGAUCUGUGCGGAUUGAUUAAGUUUGGACCGUGCAGCGAUGCCGAGGCACAUCUGGGCGAAAUCCUUCAGGAUGUGGACAUCACGGAUAAUCCUAUUCUGCUUAAUUGCGAUGCCAAUGGGGAUCUGAAGGCGUCACUCUUCAAGCAUGGUCAACUGGAGGCAAUUAGCUAUGAAGUGAUUAGCGAAGCAGAUUUGUUCCGGGAUUACAUGUUCCUGAGGCUGCAGUGUAGUUUGGAACUGUUUUGCGAGCUGAAUGAGAAGUCCAUUGCAGAGAACUCGUUCAUACUACGAAAACGUUUGGCGUCGGGAAAUGUCGCGUUCAGCCUGGCCGGUACGGGAGUUAUACUAAAUGGAGGUUCGACCGGGUGCCAGGUUGUAGGUGCGAGCGGUGAAGAUACGGUAGAGUCGUUAAAUGCAUUAACAGUUAAAACCGAAGAUGAUGGCUUCGGUUCGAAAGGCGGUAAGAAAAAAUCGCCUUUGAACUUGAUUCCUUCGGAGUAUCAGGUAUUGAAUAUCAACAUGCUGGUGAAGAAGUCAAAAGACACCCAAGACGAGCGUCUCAGGAGGGAGGCGUGUAAUGUUACGAUAGAUAGUAAAAACGGUUGUGGAAAAAUGAGAGUACCGUUACAAGUCGAUGUACUUAGUAUGCUGCAUAAAGAGACGAAAUCCCUUCUUUGCUAUGACGUUUUGGUGGAAAGCAUAUGCCGUGCGUUGCGACUGAUGGAGCACAGUUUUUUGGAACAGUUAGACAAAUUUAGCCAAAUUUAUGUGUCGAAGUGCUAUCACAUGUAUCCAGAUGGACUUGGCCAUUUCUGGACUUGCGUUUAUCCAGUUGGUGACACCGUGCCAGAGGACGAUGAAUUCCUUUUGGACAAGCGAAGACUCCUCCACCAACAAUUCGGAGUACCUGCCAAUCGGCCCUAUUUCCGAAAAGCCAAUGGCUUCCGUUUCAAAGAAGGGAAAAGUAAAUUACUUUUCAACCCACACGUUGGAGUUAAACGUCAAUUGACGGACGGGAAACUAUCUGUGGUUCAAGGACGGUACAGUUACCAUCACUACAUGCAGGAUGGCUUCAACGACGAUGGCUGGGGCUGUGCUUAUCGAUCACUGCAAACCCUCAUAUCCUGGUUCAUCUAUCAAGGAUACGCAGACGUUCGGAUUCCGUCGCAUGACGACAUUCAGAAGUAUUUGGUCAGAGUGGGAGAUAAGCCGGCAACAUUCGUGGGUUCUCGUCAGUGGAUAGGAUCGACGGAGGUAUCAAUGUGCAUGAACGAGUUCGUGAAAGUGGAUUCCAAGAUAAUGCAUGUCAGUUCUGGGGCGGAUCUGGCAAUGAAGGGAUCCGAAUUGGCAUAUCAUUUCGAAACACAGGGAACGCCGAUCAUGAUUGGAGGUGGUGUGUUAGCACACACCAUUCUAGGUGUGGAUUUUGAUCGCAAUACAGGAGAUUUGAAGUUUUUGAUUCUGGAUCCUCAUUAUACAGGGGUAGACGAAGUUGGAACUGUGUUAGCGAAAGGAUGGUGUGGUUGGAAGGGUAUUGAAUUUUGGGAUAAAAAGGCGUAUUAUAAUCUGUGCAUGCCACAGCGACCAUACAUAUUUUGAAGGAGUGAUGCAGAUGUAAUAAAGCAUUUUUCAUUA